UUGGCUCCAAACUCGAAAACAUUUUUCACAAAAAAUGAAAAAAAAGAGCGCCUACAAGCUUUUGGUUGUUAUAAACAAUCUCUUCCCCAACUCCCAAAUGAAAAUCUCCAAAUCGCUCAAAAUCCACCGCCGAAUCUCCUCCUCGUCAGCGAUCUCUAACCAUCCACCUAUGGAGGAGAAUCAUCACAAGCGCCAGCGAACAGCUCGCGUCGUCGCCGGAAGAACCUCAAAGCGAAAGCUCGGCCGAGAGACGUACGCGGUUUCGAUAAUCACGCAGAUCACCGAGACCGAGGAAGAAGAAACAGAUCUCGCCGUCGCGAUCCGCCGCCACGUGGAGGUUCUGAACUCCAGCUUCUCAGAUGCGGACGAUGUCAAAGGAGCUGCUGCUGCUCUCUCCUCCCUCGCUAAAACUGACGAAAACGUGGAGAUGAUGGUGGAGAAUGGAGCGAUCCCUGCGUUGGUUAGAAACUUGGAAUCGCCGUGGUCUUUGGCAAUCAGCGGGAACGUUCCCAAGUCUUGUGAUCAUAAGCUAGAGAAAGAUUGUGCUGUUUCACUUGGACUUAUUGCUGCUAAUCAGCCUGCUUACCAGCAGCUAAUUGUAGAUGCUGGGGUUAUAGCUCCAACUGUGAAGUUGUUGAAGAGAAGAGGGGUUUGUAUUGGGUGCAUGGAAGCUAAUGCUGUUCUUAGGAGAGCAGCUGAUAUCAUCACUAAUAUUGCUCAUGACAAUCCAAGGAUUAAAACUAAUAUAAGGGUUGAAGGUGGCAUUCCACCUCUUGUUGAGCUUUUGGAUUUUCCGGAUGUUAAAGUACAGAGGGCUGCUGCUGGGGCCUUGCGUACGGUUUCUUUUAGAAAUGAUGAGAACAAGAACCAAAUUGUGGAGUUGAAUGCUUUGCCCACGCUUGUAUUGAUGCUUCAGUCAGAAGAUCCUUCUGUGCAUGGCGAAUCGAUUGGGGCAAUUGGAAAUCUUGUCCACUCAUCUCCUGACAUCAAGAAAGAGGUUAUCCGCGCUGGUGCCUUGCAACCAGUAAUCCGUCUACUUAGCUCAACUUGCUUGGAGACACAGAGAGAAGCAGCAUUGUUGAUUGGUCAAUUUGCCGCGCCUGAUUCAGACUGCAAGGUGCACAUUGCCCAGAGAGGUGCAAUUACACCAUUAAUUAAGAUGCUUGAGUCAUCAGAUGAGCAGGUCACAGAAAUGGCAGCGUUUGCUCUUGGUCGUUUGGCUCAGGACACACACAAUCAGGCUGGGAUUGGGCAAAGAGGAGGCAUUAUUUCACUACUAAAUCUUCUUGAUGUGAAAACUGGAUCUGUGCAACACAACGCUGCCUUUGCUUUGUAUGGCCUUGCAGAUAAUGAGGAAAAUGUAGCAGAUUUCAUAAAGACUGGAGGUAUUCAAAAGCUUCAAGAUGACAACUUCACCGUUCAACCGACUAGGGACUGUGUGGUGAGGACAUUGAAGAGGCUAGAGAACAAGAUUCAAGGACCUGUACUAAACCAACUAUUAUAUCUAAUUAAAACCACUGAGAAGAAUAUACAAAUGCGAAUUGCUUUGGCUCUUGCACAUCUUUGUGACCCUAAAGAUGGAAAAUUAAUUUUCAUCGAUAACAGUGGAAUUGAGUUUUUGUUGGAGCCUCUAUACAUCUCAAGCAUGAAACAGCAGAAGUAUAGCGCAAGAGCUUUAUUCGAAUUAGCUACAAAAGCUACAUCCUUUGCACCAGAGGACUCAGCACCUUCCUCACCCACACAACGGGCGUUUUUGGGUGAGGAAUUCGUGAACAACCCUACUUUGUCCGAUGUCACAUUCCUGAUCGAUGGUAAACAAUUCUUUGCUCAUAAGAUUUGCUUGGUAGCUUCCUCUGAUAUAUUUCGUGCAAUGUUUGAUGGCCUUUACAAGGAACGAAACGCCCAAAAUGUGGAGAUCCCAAAUAUAAGCUGGGAAGUGUUUGAGCUUAUGAUGAGAUUCAUAUACACAAGAAAAAUCAACAUCACAAAAUACUUGGCUCAAGAACUGCUUGUAGCAGCUGAUCAGUAUCUUCUCGAUGGUCUCAAGCGGCUUUGUGAGUACACAAUCGCUCAGGACAUCUGUGUGGAAAACAUACCGUUCAUGUACGACUUAGCAGAUACAUUCAAUGCGUCAGCCUUAAGACGAGCUUGCACUCUCUUCGUUCUUGAGCAUUACACUAAGCUCAGCUCUGAAUUGUGGUUUCCCAUGUUCAUAAAGAAAAUUAUACCUGAAAUCAGGAGUUACAUCACUGAUAUUCUCGGACGGCCAGUCCAAGCUAGCAGCUAGUCCAAUCAUUGUAUAAAAAAAUAUUCCUUUUUGGUUAGAUAACUGGUCUAUAUUUUGUAACCACCAUAUGCUCAAUUCAAUAAUAUUAAGAGGCCUCAAAGUCA